UCAAACCAUCUGUUUUAAGUCAAGGACUCCCUGUGCUUUCGAGGCUCUGAAAGAUCAAGACAGGGAGGACAAGUUUGUUGAAGGAGCUACAAAUGAGGAAGUCCACCCGUGUCCUUAAAUCACUGUGAAUACUGGAAAUUACUCCAGGAAUAGCUUUUGUGGGGAGUUAGGAGGGCUAUUUUCAUCUGGCACGGUCACUGCCAGUAAACUCCCACAAAUAUUGAGUUAACAAGUCAUUGAUUAAGGAUUAAAGUUCAGAGAGGCGAGGGUGUGGAGCGAGACCGGUUUUUAUUUGCUGGUCGCUGGUCCUCAACUCCUUUGUUGACUGGAAAUCUCAACCCACUUUCAGCUGAUUAUCCGGAAGAGUUAAGAGCGUCCUGGCAUCUCGGACUUGAGCACAGUCAAGGCAGGUUGAGUGCUUCAAAGAAACACUACGAAGGUGACCAGCAAGGAUCUUCAGAAAGGAACCGUCUUGAGUUGAGGGCUGUAGGAAAAACCCAACUGUCUUGAGUUGAGGGCUGUAGGAGAAACCCAACUGUCUUGAGUUGAGGGCUGUAGGAGAAACCCAACUGCCUUGUGUUGGGGCUGUAGGAGAAACUCAAGUGCCUUGAGUUGGGGGCUGUAGGAGAAACCCAAGAUUCCUAGAGUUUGAUCUCAAGUCCUGAAGAAGACAUGGCCCUCCUGUCCUCUGCCGAUGGCUGCGGAAAAGAAUGCAACAUCUGCUAUGAGUUCUAUCAAGAGGUUUCCACCAGGCGGGUACCGAAGCUUCUCUGGUGUUCUCACACCGUCUGCCUCGCCUGUCUCAGGAAACUGGUUUGCCAAAGCAGAGUGGUCUCCUUCGUGGUCUGCCCUUUCUGCCGGAUGGUGACCCUCGUGCCCCAAGGAGGCCUCCAGGCCUUGAGAAACAACGAAGCCCUCCUACGAGAGAUAGGACCACCAGGAGCGGAGGCGUCCCAGGCCACCUCUGAUGAUGGUUUGGAAGAAGACAAAGAUUCCACAAGAGUUUCCAACUGGUCCUUUGGCAAUGUGGCCCUGUCUGUGGAGUAUACCUAUAGGCCCACUUCGCCCAUCUUCACCGUCAGCAGCAUCGUUCCGGUGUUUUCCACGGGGUUCCAUGCAGGGAUGUGGAGCGGGCUCCGUCAGCAGGAGAUGCAAAACGCUGUGGUGGUAGAGAUCCCUCCAAGGACAUCCUCAGCUCCUGCGUCUGUGGAGAACCUGCGCAUUUGCUUUGCGAUGACUCUGAUCCUUCUUGUGGUCUCCAUCUUCUUCACGCUAGUCUUUUCUUGAGCAGGGAACGCUUGAUGCAUCACCGUAUCCCAAGAAGGGCUUCGGGCCUUGAGGGACAAUGAAAGUCUACAAGAAAUAGGACCACCAAAAGGAGAGGCAUCCUAGUCUGAUCUCAGCCAGAAGGAAGAGAGAAGGUUCUAUGGGCAAGAUGUAGCUGCUGCCACAAGGACCCACAUCGUGCUCCUAGAUUUACUUUCCUCUCUUGCUUGACCAUUUAGAGGGAGACCUCAGGACUCCAGCAGUGAUGAGGUCGCCUCUGUCAAUCUAUUGCUCUCUUUCUGGCUGCUGUUGUGACUUCGCACAAUUAUCUCCUUGGCAAGCAGAAAUGACAGUAGUUCCUAAUGGUGAUGAUCUACAAUUCUUAGGAGCCCCAGCGAGGCAUAACCAAGGGUGAAGGAAGAUGUGGAUUAGCAUCAGCUAGCGGGCUCUGGUUUUUAUAGGGUAUACAAUGGAUGGGUGGGUGAGUGGGAGGGA